CAGAACGCAUGGGGCAUUAGAUGGACUCCGCGCUGGAUUACAAUAUUUCAACUUUUGAUGAGUCCAUAACCGUGCGCAAAGUUCUCGUUUCGGACAACGACUUUGGUUCUUCAUGCGCGUUUAAAAAAAUAAAAUAAAUGAGGACCUCGGAUGUUUUCUUUCUUUCAAGUUAGUAAGUUGGUACCGACAUGCUUAGAAAAUAAUAAGGAGUAACAAUGGAUUUGUAUUGUAUAUUCCAGCCCGUUUUUAUUGCGUUUUAUUAUUAUUUAUUUGACAAUCGCACCUUAUUGCGUGUGAUGCUGUGAACGCACGGUGAAAACCAAAGACGCCCAGAUCUGAGACUAAAUGACGCCUGCUAUAUUUGAUUUGAUUGAGUUUAAUAUGUGGCCAAAAGUCACUCAAAGAUUUUAGAAGAUGUUCCUGAGGAGACUAUUUCAUGCUCUUUCUUUUUUUGCUCUGACCCUCUUCAUCCUGAUUUUACUGGAUUUGCAACUGCGCACCUGGAGUGACCAAAAACCCAACGCGCAACUUGCGCACGAAGGGAUACGAAGUGAGGUGCCAUUUAUAUCAAGGACCACAGCUGUGAAUCAACACAAAGAUGUUGCCACCAAAAAGUUCAAACAGAACCCAAAAAGUGACAAAUGGAGGGAGACAAAGACAAAGUCACCAUUAGAACUCACUGAUAUCUUCAUUGCGGUGAAAACAACUGGCAGGUUUCACAAAGCCCGCCUUGCUCUUCUUUUGGAGACCUGGAUAUCCAGGACUAAAGACCAUACGUACAUCUUCACAGACACUCCCGAUGAAGACAUUUCCUCUGAAGGAUUCAAUAUGGUCGUCACAGACUGCUCCCCUGAACACAGUCAUCAGGCUCUCUCAUGUAAGAUGGCUGCUGAGUACGAUCACUUCAUGGCCUCCGAUAAAAAGUGGUUGUGUCAUGUUGAUGAUGAUAACUACUUGAACUCUGGAGCCCUGCUUUCUCUCCUCUCAGCCUUCCCAGUGGACAGCGAUAUCUAUGUGGGUAAGCCAAGCCUGGAUCGACCAAUGAGAGCGCAGGAGCUGCUGGAAGGGAAUAAGGCGAGGGAAGUUCAUUUCUGGUUUGCCACAGGAGGGGCAGGUUUCUGCCUGAGCAGGAAGUUGGCAGAGAAGAUGGCACCCUGGGCAAGUGGUCCAAGGUUCGAGCAGACCUCAGCGGUGAUAAUGCUGCCUGAUGACUGUACGGUGGGCUUCAUAGUUGAGAGGCGUUUGGGUGUCUCCAUGGUCCAUAGCAACAUGUUUCACUCUCACCUAGAAAACCUCCUUCUACUUGCCCCUAGUGAUAUUCCAAAACAGGUGACUCUAAGUUAUGGAUGGUUUGAAAAUAAAAUGAACAGUGUGGAACUGAGAGGAGUUUUUACCAAAGAUGAGGAUCCAUCCAGAUUCCGAACAGUCCACUGUCUUCUUUAUCCAGCAACAAGUUGGUGCCCAGUUGCCCUUAAAAAUGCCCUCUCAUGGAAUCAACGUGUUCCCCUGUGAUGCAAUGGGCUGAAUGGAGAACAAUCAUGCAUAAUGUGAGAAAUUCAAUUUGUGAAGAUUCCAAUAAGGCAUUUCUGUUUUGUGUGGGUUGUGAAGUUAGCACUUAUGAUCUUUGCUGCCAUUUCACAUAUACCAUCCACCUUCGAAGAUCACCCACAGCUUUUUUUUUUAUCUUGAAGACUUACAAUUGCAAAGGUGCAUUGCUACAUACGAAAGCUUCCUCAAAGAAGUAAAAGCAAGCAAGGAAGUAUUGAAAUCCACAUGUAGUCCUCUGCCGAGGCUAAAUUGAUUCUUUAGACCUGAAGUUCAUGUUUCUUUGAGGUAUAAACCCAAUGGAAAGCCCUAUGGACUGAACAUUUCCCUCCAUGAUAUCUCUUAUAAGCCUCAGAACACUGUUACCAUGGUGUUGAUAUCUGUUGUAAGAUUUCCAUACUAUGCUGCAAUGAUAGUGGUAUCUACUGUGUUAGCUUGUUUAAAGCUUUAUGCCUUAAUGCACUGCAUAGUUGUUUAAUUGUUCAGCAACAGUUGUGAACAGGGAAAACUGAGCCAUUAUUGUUGAAUUUGAAAAUUGGACCAUAUUUGCAUAGUAUUCCCAUUGCUUCAUACUUCAAGUGUAACUUCUGUCUGCACAUUUCACAUUUUGAUGAUUAUGUAUAUGAUUAUGUGAUUGUAAUAGGAACAAAGUACCACAUAUUUGUCAAUGCACUGUAUAUUUGUGAAAACCUGCUCUAUUAACUUGAAACAUUUAAUGCCAUUGGCAAAUGUGUUUGCUUUCGAAAUGCAUGCCAUUUCAACUUUUCACUGCCAUAUGCUGUCUUCAUUAAUCCAGAUACAUUUGAAAAUGACGUUUUUCAUUUCAAAACGCUCUCAGUCCAUACUAGCGUUUUCAAGCAUUUUCCAAAAGUUGCUCAUCCACACUGAAACGUCUGAAAACGCUUACGUCCCUGUACUGCGCAUGAGUAAAACAUAAGAUGCUUCGACGUGCCUCAUUUCCAUCAGGAGUUUAUUUACUUUCCGCCUCUUUGAAACGUUGCAGCAAUGUUGAGGAAAGGCACCACAUUUUUUAAAUGGACGGACAAUGAGGUGAAGUUGUUGCUGCGGGUAACACUAGACUAUAAAGUUGCAAAAGCGAGAGAAAAUGUAGACUGGGAAUCAUACCCAGGUCUCACCCAAAAUCUACGCUCCAUGUACGAUCUGACGCAACUGUCCUCUCGUUCUGCCGCUGAACAACAUCUGCGAGUAAACAUCCUGACUCCUUUGAAGAAAUGUAAGCUGAAGUAUGUACAAACUGACAUAAUGUUUAACAACGAAAUCAAAAUGGAGAGUAGCCAAAACAACUGCGAUACAACGUCGUCCACCAUCUUGUUUUGGACUGAAUGGGUCACAUGACAAAAAAAUGCAUCAUCGUUUUCGAAAGCCUCAGUUUUCACAGUCCACACUACAACGUGAAAACGGCGUUUUCAAAUGUAUCCACUUUGGAGUGCGUUUUCAAAAAGCUCAAAAGUCUCAGUGUGGACGGAAGGCCAAAACGCAGAGAAAAAGAUACAUUUUCAACCGAAAACGUAUAAGUAUGGACAAGGCAAUAGUUACAAUUUAGAUGCCAAGACAAACAAUGUGGCUUUAUAAAAAUAGUAGCAAUAUUUCAAUGUUAAUUUGCCAAACUAUAUAUAUAUAUAUAUAUAUAU